UCACAUAAAAUGGACGGCGCACGCGUAAAGGGGUCCUCCGCGUUGCGACUCGGCUCUUAAAAGGGUACAAGAGUGGUUCUCGAGGUGCCGCGAAUCUUCGAACGCAAGCGAGUUAUUACCUACAGACUUUGAAAAGCAUUCGAGGGACGCGCCUACACCCGCCCUCGCAGUUUCCAGCGCGCCGUGCUUGUCCCGCCCGUGGACCGAUAUUGGAAGAAGAAGAAAACCUAUUUGAAGGUCCUGGGGAGUAACCAGAAACAGGCAGUAACUGGACAGGAGUUGGUACCCAGAAGAAAGGAAUGACACUGGCGCCAUAUGUACCAUGGCCCUCGUGUCAGCUGAUUCCCGCAUCGCAGAACUUCUCACCGAGCUCCAUCAGCUGAUCAAACAAACACAGGAAGAGCGUUCGCGGAGUGAGCACAACUUAGUGAACAUCCAGAAGACCCACGAGCGGAUGCAGACAGAGAACAAGAUCUCUCCCUAUUACCGGACAAAGCUGCGGGGCCUCUAUACAACCGCCAAAGCUGACGCAGAGGCCGAGUGCAACAUCCUCCGGAAAGCCCUCGAUAAGAUUGCGGAAAUCAAGUCUCUGUUGGAAGAGAGGCGGAUUGCGGCCAAGAUCGCGGGCCUGUACAAUGACUCGGAGCCCCCGCGCAAGACAAUGCGCAGGGGGGUGCUGAUGACCCUGCUGCAGCAGUCGGCCAUGACCCUGCCGCUGUGGAUCGGGAAGCCUGGUGACAAGCCGCCCCCACUCUGCGGGGCCAUUCCGGCCUCUGGGGACUACGUGGCCAAACCUGGAGACAAGGUGGCUGCCCGGGUCAAGGCCGUGGAUGGGGAUGAGCAGUGGAUCCUGGCCGAGGUGGUCAGUUACAGCCAUGCCACCAACAAGUAUGAGGUCGAUGACAUUGAUGAGGAAGGCAAAGAGAGACACACCCUGAGCCGGAGGCGCAUCAUCCCACUGCCCCAGUGGAAGGCCAACCCUGAGACGGACCCCGAAGCCUUAUUCCAGAAGGAGCAGCUCGUGCUGGCCCUGUAUCCCCAGACCACCUGCUUCUACCGUGCCCUGAUCCACACCCCCCCGCAACGGCCCCAGGAUGACUAUUCGGUCCUGUUUGAAGACACUUCCUAUGCAGAUGGUUACUCCCCUCCCCUCAAUGUGGCCCAGAGGUACGUGGUGGCUUGUAAGGAGCCCAAGAAAAAGUGAUGCAGUCUGGCAGUCUCCUGCCACCUCACGGGGGCAUGCUACAAGACAUUCUGUGAAGAAAUAAAUGUUCUUCCCCUUU